AUGGCGAGGUUCCAGUCGGUGCGCGUCAAAGUGAGCUGGACAACAUUUUUGACUCUGGCCCACUUCACAUACCUGCUGGUCGGGGCCACCAUCUUCCAGAUCCUGGAGCGAGAGGCUGAGAGCAAGAACCGAAUACACUUCCAACUGGAGAAGUUGAAUUUCUUGGCUAAUUACACCUGCCUGGACGGACCAGCCUUGGAGGAGUUUGUUCAGGUGAUUUUGGAAGCCUGGGAAAAGGGAGUGAAUCCCUCAGGCAACUCAACAAACCCCAGCAACUGGGACUUCAGUAGCUCCUUCUUUUUUGCAGGCACAGUAGUCACAACUAUAGGCUACGGCAACCUCUCCCCCAGCACGGUAUCUGGUCAAGUGUUUUGUGUGUUUUACGCACUGUGUGGAAUCCCCCUGAACCUGGCCUUCCUCAAACAGCUGGGGAAGUGUCUCACUAUCCACCUGGGUCGCCUGGAGAGGGGAAUGGUCUCAGUUGUUCCACACAAGCAAACAGUUGAGGCUCUGGCAGUGAGCUUGUUCUUCAUCACAGGCAGCCUCCUGUUUUUGGUCAUCCCUCCUCUGCUGUUUAGUUACGUGGAAGGCUGGACGUUUGGCGAGGGCUUCUAUUUCACCUUCAUUACCCUCAGCACCAUUGGUUUUGGAGAUUACGUAGUGGGUGAUAAUCCCGACAAAGUAUACCCACAGUGGUACAGUGUCCUCAUGGCCUCGUGGAUCUUCUUCGGCCUGGCCUGGCUGGCCCUCCUCAUCAACCACUCCAUGGACAUCCUGGAGCGGCUCAACGCCCACUUAAAACAGCUCUGGGGUGGACGGGAGCAGGAGGAAGCGCCUGGCAGUGCAGAGGUUGACGACCCAGACACACAGGUGGAGGAGGAAGAUGAGAUCAAGAAGCCUCCAGUAACUCAGGAAACUGAAGUAAUGUGAAGAUAUCAGCAAGCUGACCUAGUUAUAGAUUGAUCUGUCUCUCAACAAAGACAUAGA